CCCAGUUUUUCCUCGUCGAUCACGUACUCUCAUCUCCAUCAAACCGCCCCCUAGCAUUUUGUUAAUUCCAAUUUUCACCCUCCCCAAAUCAAAAUAAGGCACCCCCCAAUUUCGCUUCCAUGGCGGCCGCCACCCAGCUCUCCACUGUUCUCCCCCGCGUCCUCAUCGUCUCCCGACGAACCGUUCGCAAGAACAAAUUCGUCGAUUUCGUCGGAGAAUACCAUCUUGAUCUCAUCGUAAGCUAUGGAGCCGUCCCGGUCAUCGUCCCCCGGGUGGCCGGGGUCCACAUGCUAUUGGACAGCUUCGAGCCGAUCCACGGCGUCCUUCUCUGCGAGGGCGAGGAUCUAGAUCCGUCCCUCUACGACGGCGGCGAAGGGGCGCCCUCCGAUCUCUCUCCCGAGGAGGUGGACGAGAUCCGGCGGCUCCACGCCAGCGACACCGCCGUCGACAAGGAGAAGGACGCCAUAGAGCUCGGCCUCGCGAAGCUUUGCCUGGAGAGGAAUAUCCCCUUCUUGGGAAUAUGCAGGGGAUCCCAGGUUCUGAAUGUUGCAUGUGGGGGUACUCUGUAUCUGGACGUGGAGAAGGAGGUCUCCAAGAAGAUCCCGCCGGCGGCGGCGGUUGUGGCCCACAUUGACUACGAUGACUACGACGGCCACCGCCACGCGGUUAGGGUUGUGGAGGGCACGCCGCUGGGUCGGUGGUUUCGGGAUUCGCUCGAGGAAGGGAAGAUGGAGAUUCGGGUGAAUAGCUAUCACCACCAAGGGGUCAAGAAAUUGGCUCCCCGGUUCGUCCCCAUGGCUUUCGCCCGGGACGGUCUGAUUGAAGGGUUCUACGACCCGGAUUGCUAUGACCCGGAGGCCGGGAAGUUCAUCAUGGGCCUCCAGUUUCAUCCCGAGCGGAUGCGGAAACCCGACUCCGAUCAGUUCGACUACCCCGGAUGCCCAUUUGCUUACCAAGCGGUAGUUGCACACCAAAAGAAGCUGGCGAGCGCUCCCAAAUCUCUAAAGCUGAAUAAAGAAAUGGAGAAAAGGAGGAAAAUGAUAGUGAGGAGUUUCUCCCUUGCUAGGAACAUAUACGAGAGCGGUGGCGGGGGCAACCGUAGGCAAUGGCCUGCCAGCGAAUACUCCGACUUGGAAGCCGGGGCAGAAUUCCUCGAGGUGCAGUCGAACGGGGCGUUGAGCGGCCGGGAACAGGAGAAGAGGAGGCUGGAGGAGAUGGGGGCGACGGUGAGGAACGGCAAGUACUGGUGCGCGGAGGAGGAGAGGGCCAAGGAGAGGGAAAUGUGGGCGAGGAAGGCGAUGGGGAAGAUGACGGCGGAGCAGCUCUACGACCUCAGCUCCUUCUACCACAUGAUGGGGAAGGUCUGCUCCGACCUCCUCCAAAACAAGCUCCGUCGUCGUUCCGAUCUCUUGUUCGACGAGUACGAGGUUGCCCCCUCUUAGACCACCCACCCCAAAGUCAAAUGUAAAAAGAAAAAUGACAGAGAUGAUUAUCAUGAUUACUAUCUGUUAUCUGUCUUAAAUACAAGAAGUGCGUAUCAAAACUUAGUUUAUAUUUCACAAACUAAAAAAAUGAACGACAACAAAGGAGUAUUUCGAAU